AUGUUUGUCCCCCUGCCGGUCCCCUUCGUCUUUCAGAGAACAGCGUCCGACUUCAGCGCUUGGAGACUCAAGUCAUCGCUGGCUCCGCGGACCAGCCCCGAUAUCAGGAUGUCCAAAGCAGAGGAGGAGAAGUCUGGGGCGGACUAUCCAGGAGACAGCUCAGACUCAGACAGAAACAGCCCUGACGACCAGGUCCAGCCCAUGAAAAUCAGUGUUUCUCCCACAGCGGCUGCAGGCAAGAUACGUGCCGACGAAAGCUCAGAGCCGCGAAGCACAGUGGCCCCGGCCCCGCCUCCCCCUCAGCCCCCGCCCCAGCAGCAGCAGACCGCCCAGCACCACCACACCACACAGCUCAUGCUCGCCGGAAGUCAACUGGCUGGGCUGGCGGCUCUGCUCCCGGCUCAGCAGCAGCUCCUCCUGCAGCAGGCCCAGGCUCAGCUCCUCGCCGCCGCUGUCCAACAGUCCAACGCCGCCCACGCAGCUCACGCCCAGGCCCAGGCUCAGGCUCAGGCUGCACACGCCCAGGCACAGGCCCAGGCCCAAGCUCAGGCUCAGGCCCAAGCCCAGGCUCAGGCCUCACAGCAGCAGCAGCAACAGCAGCAGAGCAUCAAACAAGAGCCGCUCCAAGCCCCGCCUCCUCCUCAGCUCGCCCUGUCUCAGCCGAUCCAGCUCACAGCACAGGACAUCCAGCAGUUGUUGCAGUUGCAGCAGUUGGUGUUGAUGCCUGGACACCCUCUUCAGUCCACGGCUCAGUUCCUCCUCUCUCAGCCUCCACAGCCCCAGCAGACCCAACAGUCUCUGCUCUCCUCCCCAAACCUGAUCCAGCUACCUCAGCAGAGCCCGGGCGCCCUGCUCACCACCCCCCCACGCCUCGGACUACCGCCACAGCGGGAGAAGAGCAGUGAUGUGAUCGUCCCCAGCGGCAGCAGCAGCUCCAUGGUGGGUCCCAGUAGUAGCACCGUGGGGGUGGUCUCCUCCGGACCCUCCCCAGGCUCCACCUCCUCCAUGCCCCCCACCUCCCUGCCCUCCUCCUCCCUGCCCUCGGGCCUCGGCGCCGGGGCACACAUGAGCGAGGAGCCCAGCGACCUGGAGGAGCUCGAGCAGUUUGCCCGCACCUUCAAACAGCGACGCAUCAAACUGGGGUUCACACAGGGCGAUGUGGGCGUGGCUAUGGGCAAACUGUACGGCAACGACUUCAGCCAGACCACCAUCUCUCGGUUUGAAGCCCUGAAUCUGAGCUUUAAGAACAUGUGCAAACUCAAGCCUCUGCUGGAGAAGUGGCUCAGCGACGCAGAAACCAUGGCAGUGGACAGCAUGCUGCCCAGCCCCUCCUCUCUCUCCUCUCCUCUUUUGGGCAUGGAGGGUCUCCCGGGGCGACGCCGGAAAAAACGCACCAGCAUCGAGACCAACGUCAGAGUCGUCCUGGAACGCAACUUCAGCACGAACCAGAAGCCUACCUCUGAGGAGAUCCUGAUGAUGGCCGAGCAGCUGAACAUGGAGAAGGAGGUGAUCCGCGUGUGGUUUUGUAACAGACGACAGAAAGAGAAACGCAUCAACCCCUCCACCAGCACCACCCCCCCUCUGCCCCAGAGCUCCCCCGGGCUGACGCACAAGGGCCCCGGCUACAGCCCACACAUGAUUUCGAGUCCGGGUCUGUCCCAGGUCGCCACCAGCCUCAGCACAACAGCCUCCAGCUCCUCGCCCUCUGCGUCCUGCCCCAUGACUCCUGCAGGCCCCGCCUCCUCCUCUGUGACUCCGCCCCCUCACAGCACAGCCAGCCCCACCGGCCUCAGCGCGCACGGGCUCAGCUCCGGGAACACUAUGAUGGGAGUAAGCACAGGGAUGAACCAGGCCCUCAUUGGCAGUAACCCCCUGGCCACCAUGCAAGCUCUGGCCGCCAGCGGGGGUCAGCUGCCCCUGUCCAGCCUGGAGGGGGGUCCCGGGCACAUGCUCCUGGGCGGUCCUGGUGGCACCGCAGUGUCAUCCUCCAUGCGCCCCUCCCUCUUCCUUAACCGCCCCUCUCUGCUGCCCAUGAUGCCCGGCUCUGGCUCUGCGAUGGGCAUGGUCAGUGCCAGCGCGAUGAGCAGCGGAUUGGGAAUCGGAGCGGGAGGCGGUGGAGGAGGAGGAGGAGUAGGAGGAGGGGGUCCCCGGGCGUCGUACCCGCAGCCCUCCGCCUCUGCGCCCGGCCCGUCUGACCUCAUGAGCCCCACGUCCUGCCCCGAGGAAUCACCCUGCUCCAGUCCGGGCUCCUUCUGCUCCUUUAGCGAAGCCUCCCCCCCACCGCUCGGAGGGACUAUGGCCGACUGA